AUGGACGGAAACGGACUCGCCGCCCCUCCUAUACUCGAAGAAACAUUUUACGCACUCUCCAGAAAGCAGUACACGUACAAGGUGUCCCUGACGAACGAAGGUCUGCACCUGACCAAGAAUGGUGAGGAUGGCACUGAGAAGACUGACCUGAUACACAUUCGUGAUAUAAUUGGCUGUAAGUGCAUGCGAAAUAGUGGCAAGUCUGGCCACUGCGCCUGUCGUCCGGCUAAAGGGGGCACAGUUGAUGCCGCCAGAGAGGCCACAGCAGAAACCAACGAGUGUCGGGUGCGAGUGCCAUUUGUGGAGGCUGGUGACUGCAGUGCGUACCUAAGUGUGUACGCAUUUGUGCUGAAGAAUGUUGGUGCUAAGAAUGAGAAGCGUGACAAGAUGACCAUCACACUGAGGUUCCGAAACUUCAGCAAUUACGACGAGAACAGUCGGGUAGCAGCCAAGUGGAAAUUGGCCAUAAAAUCAUUGCUGCAGGCCAGAUGCGAGGACGGGACUAUUGUUGCACCAUCAGAUGACCAUUACCUAGGUAACCAUUUAUUAGUAAUUGUGAACCCAAAAAGUGGUGUUGGAAAAUCACGUGAAAUAUUUCAACGUAAAAUAGUACCUAUAUUAAAUAUGGCUGAUGUUGACUACGAUUUGCAUAUUACAUGCAUGCAAAAUGAUGCUAGGAACCUGAUGAGAACGAGUAACAUCUAUAAAUGGGGCCGUGGUGUAGUAGUACUUGGCGGUGAUGGACUCAUGUUCGAAGUGAUUAACGGUCUCAUGGAACGGUCAGACUGGCAGAGGGCCUUCGAGUACCUGACCCUGUCCGUCAUACCCGGUGGUUCCGGCAACGGGAUGGCCAAGUCGAUAAGUUUCGAGACCAACGAACCCUACAAUCCGGAUCCCAUACUCAUAUCGGCGCUAAACAUCGUCGGCGGUAACAGGUGUCCAAUGGAUCUGGUUAGAGUCGAGACUCUUACACAAGUCGUAUACUCUUUUUUGUCGAUCGGUUGGGGUUUUAUUGCUGACAUUGAUAUAGAGAGCGAGAGAAUUAGGAUGUUAGGUAGCCCCAGGUUUACUAUAUGGAGUAUUGCCAGACUUAUUGGUCUAAGAAGUUAUCCCGCCCGGUUGUCGUAUUCCAAAAUCAACGAUCUGGAAACUGAGACGAGAAUGAACAAUUACGCGAGAUGCACGUCAGGUGAUUUCCAAGAGGUCACCGACGACGAACCGGUGUCGAUCGAAUUUGGAAUGGACCCGUUGGAGGAAUUUGCUGCACGUGAGCGGGUCGAGAGUUUUUCGUCGAUAAUAUCCAAGCGCACGGCGUUCAUGUCUGUCAACGAAGCUCCGAGCUUCUCGUCUAUACCAGACGUGAUCGAGGGGUCCGAAGUUUGGGUGCGCGGACCUAUAUCAAAACUACCUCCGCUUUCUGAUCCGGUUCCGUCGGACUGGGUAGUUGUUGAAGACGAGUUUGUGAUGAUACAUGCUUCGUAUCUAUCUCACAUAAGCGAAGACGUAAUAAUAGCGCCCAAAUCGAAAUUGAACGACGGUGUGAUUUGGUUGUUGGUUAUCAAAAAUGGCAUAUCCAGGACGACUUUUCUACAAUUUUUGUUGGGCCUGUCGUCCGGAAACCACUUGGCUGUACCCAAUGUUGAAAUGAUCCCCGUGCGAGCGUUCCGGCUCGAACCUUUAUCACAAGGCAGCCACCUGGUUGUUGACGGUGAACUGCUGAAGCACAGUCCAGUACAAGCGGAAAUCAUGCCCGGCAUCACCAAUGUGUACGCACGGCAAAAGUUCUCCUGA